CAGACAUACAGCAGCUUUUAGAGGAAAACGCAGUUGAGAAGUCAGACACAAACACAGUGGUUGAAGGCGAGGGAUGUCAUCCACAAUGAGCUGUGCUGAGAAAAUAGCCAUGAGAUUGAUUCAGGCAAGGAGGCCGGACUCGCCCAAUCCCAGCUGUACCUCCAUGGAAAUCGACCAGUCAAUGAAGCAAUCAUGUCAUUUCGGAGGUGAAGCGUGUGAUAGUGAAACCAGUUCAAUGGAACACCCAGAGAUCGACUUCAGAGACAUAGACACUUCUACCGAUCUGAGGUGAAGUCUCCAUGAAGAAGAACCAAGCCCUGGCCAGAGAGGAGGAGGGUCAGAAGUUGGCCGCAGCAAUGGACAUCUGAAUAUACUGAUUUAUGGCUUCCCACUCAGGCCCUGACAGAUAGCAUGAGGUGGAAAGGUCCUCAGCAGCAGGUUGAUUGCACAAUCGUAGGGCCAGUUUUGUGGCAGAGUGGAUGCUUAGACCUUGCUGAACAUCUAAAGGUGGCUGAUGGAGCGGUAAAACUUGGGCAGGAGCUGUUGCAGAGAGAUCAGCAAAGGAGCCCUACCUAAGUCACAUAGAAAACACAUAUAUGACAGUGGAACACAAAAUGAUAACUAUGGUAAAAAAAAGAAUUAAAGAGACAGAUGAACCUAUUGAGUUCACAUUGCCCAGCAUGCUCUGAGGAGGAAGUAGAGGAUGAUCCCAUUGCCAAAGAAGCAUUACUGAAGGUCACAAUACAUGUCCUUGAGAAAAUGAAGGAGACAGAUUUAAUGAAAACACUAGAGAAGGAACAGUUACAAUGUGGUGCUUUGAGUCCAAUUCUCUCAUACUGGCCACUAGAUGUUCUUCAUGAACCUGAUGAUCUUCUCUCCAUAUAUCAAAAAAAGUAUAAAUCCAGAAUGAAAGACAAAUAUAAAAGAAUCUGUGAAACUUCACAGCAUGGAACCCCAUCACUUUUGAAUGAGAUCUACACAGAGCUCAACAUCACAAAAGCUUGGACAGAAGGCAUCAAUACUGAACAUGAAGUGCGCCAUCUUGAGGCAGCUUCCAGGAGAUCAACAAAAAAAGAUAAGUGCAUACAAUCCGAUGACCUUUUCAGAGACAAGUCCAUCAGAACGGUGCUGACUAAAGGAGUUGCUGGAAUUGGAAAAACAUUCUCUGUGCAGAAGUUCAUUCUGGACUGGGCUGAAGGAAAAGCAAAUCAGGACGUCACCUUCAUGUUUCCACUUCCCUUUAGAGAGCUCAAUUUAAUGAAGAAAAAGAAUCUCAGUCUGAUUAAUCUUCUUCAUCAAUUUUUCCCAGGAGCAAAUGAACUCCAGUCAAUCAACUGUGAUGGAUGUAAAGUGGUGCUGAUCUUUGAUGGUCUGGAUGAGUGUAGACUUCCUUUAAAUUUUGAAAAUAAUGAGAGUUUAUGUGAUGCGACAGAAUCAGCCUCAGUGGAUGUGCUGCUGACGAACCUCAUCAAGGGGAAUCUGCUUCCUUCUGCUCACCUCUGGAUCACGACUCGACCAGGAGCAGCCAAUCAGAUCCCUCUUAGGUUUGUUGGCCAAGUAACAGAGGUACAAGGGUUUACUGAUGCUCAGAAGGAGGAGUACUUCAUGAAGAGUAUCAGCGAUCAGAGCCUGGCCAAAAAAAUCAUCAAACACAUUAAGUCUUCAAAAAGCCUCUACAUCAUGUGCCACCUCCCAGUCUUCUGCUGGAUCACAGCCACUGUUCUAGAGAGAAUGUUGAGUGAAGCAGAGAGUGAAGAGAUCCCCAAGACUCUGACUCAAAUGUUCACACACUUCCUGAUCUUUCAAAUCAAACACAAGGACCAAAAGUACCAUCAGAGAUGUGAACCUGAUCCUCAGCAGACCAGAGAGAGUAUCAUGGCACUGGGAAAACUGGCUUUCCAACAGCUGGAGAAAGGAAACCUGAUCUUCUCUAAGAAAGACCUAAUGGAAUGUGGCAUUAAUGUCAGAGAAGCAACAGUGUAUUCUGGUGUGUGUACUCAGAUCUUUAGAGAGGAGUUUGAGCUCCAAUUAGGGAAGGUGUUCAGCUUUAUUCAUCUCAGCGUUCAGGAGUUCCUGGCUGCUUUAUAUGCAUUUCUAGCCUUCAUCAACAGAAAUCAACCUGAACACCAAACCACUGAUCUGUCUGACCUUUUCAACAACUCAAGCAUGUCUGAUUUCCUCAGGAGUGCAGUAGACAAGGCCUUAGAGAGUGAGAAUGGACAGCUGGACCUUUUCCUUCGCUUCCUUCUGGGUCUCUCAUUGGAGUCCAACCAGACUCUCUUACGAAGCCUACUGCCUCAGACAGGAAGCAGCGCUCACCGCAUAGAGGAAACUGUUGAAUACAUCAAAGGGAAGAUCAGGGAGAAUCCCUCUCCCGAAAUGUUCAUCAAUCUGUUCCACUGUCUGAAUGAACUAAAUUAUCAUUCUCUAGUGAAAGAAAUCCAAAGUUACCUGAACCCAGGAGGUUAUACUUGUCUCCGUCAAAUCAAACUCUCUUCUAUUCAGUGGUCAGCAUUGGUGUUUGUGUUGCUGAAUUCAACACAGGAGCAUGAGGAGUUUGACUUGAGGUCUUAUAGUCGAUCAGAGGAAUGUCUUUUAAGGCUUCUUCCAGUGGUCAAAGAAUCCAGAAAAGCUGUGUUAUGUGGUUGUAAUCUCUCAGAGGAAAGCUGUAAAGGUCUGUCUACAGUUAUUAGCUCAAAAUGCUCCAAACUCAGAGAACUGAAUCUGAGUGAGAAUAACCUGUGGGAUAAAGGGGUGAAGCUGCUUGCUGAGGGACUGAAAAAUGAAGAGUGUAAACUGGAGAAACUGUGGCUAGUGCAGUGUGGGAUUUCAGAUGUUGGCUUUGUUGCUCUGGCUUUAGCUCUGGAGUCAAACCCAAUGUCAAAACUUCAAGAGUUGAAUCUGAAUUGCAAUGAACAUGGCAACAAAGGAAUAAAGAUGCUGUCCGAUCUACAGAAAGAUCCAAAUUGCACAUUGGAGACACUACACAUUGAGCCUGACCCCUAUGAGCUGAAUAAGACGUCCCACUCAUAUAAUUUCAACAGAAACUCCACAAACCCUGUCAUGGAUGUAGCUGAAUUUGUUAUACUACAAAAACGUAAUUCAUAUAAAUAGUACUACAUCCAACAGUAUACAGUGGAACCUCAGCGCUCGCGACCUCGCAUGCUCGCGACUUUCAUUCCGACCGGAGACUCUCAUUCAGAUCGGCUCGUGAGCAACCGCGAGCUGCUCAAAACUCUAGU